AAUUAUGAAGCACAGGAAGUGUUAUUACAAGCUGCAAAGACUAUUCCACUGAUAGUGCAACAGAACAAGAUAUGGCUUCGAAUACGACAGUUGUAUUGUUAUUCUUGUUGGGUAAUGUACGUUUUUCCGCCGAAGACAACCCCAAAAAUUCUCGCUUUUCCUUUUUUGAAACCUUGCAAAAUAGGAGGCUCAUUGGAUAUGUUGCCAAACGGCUUUAUUCACCCAGUUUAUUAUCUUGCGGUCAGCAAUGUCUGAGAAACACCUGGUGUACUUCGACCAACUUCAAUUUUUCCUCCAAGAAGAAAGACGAAGGAACUUGUGAACUGAACAAGCACGACAUGUCCAUUGUUAACGAAAACAACGAUUUUUCUGACGACGAAGGAACGACUUUCUCGCUGUUACUAAAGGGUUGUCAGAUGAUUGGUUGCCUCAAUGGUGGUUCUUGUAUUCGAGACGUAGAAAGGCAAACUUUCUCGUGCGCUUGCCAACAGCCUUGGAUCGGGGAAAGAUGUCACAUGAUCAGUCUCGGCGCAUGCGGUGGGGGUGAAUGGACGCUGGUUAUGAAAAUAAACGGCUCUCAGAAAACUUUUCACUACGAUUCUAAUCUCUGGAGCAACAAUGAAACCUUCAAUAUUGACGGAGGAAAGACUGGCUUUGACUCCCAAGAGACCAAGUUAACGGCCUAUUGGAACACAUCUUUCACCAAGAUCUGCCUCGGUAUGAAGAUCGAACAACAUAUUAACUUCAUACUCAUCAACCGGCAAGCUAAUUCCCUCUACUCAUUAAUCGCCGAUGGAAACCGUCGCACGACCUCGUUGGGGCGUGACACGUGGAUAAAGCUGAUUGGUUCACAGGCAUCCUUACAGCCCAAUUGCAGCCGAGAGGGGUUUAAUGUGAAGUGCGAUGGAUCAGGAAGACCGAAAGCUCGCAUUGGAAUCCUCGGAAACAACGAGAACGACUGCAACACUUGUGACUCCAGAGUCGGGUUCGGCACAGGAGGUAAGCACGAUGACUCCAACACCUGCGGAAGCGAAGCUAAAUAUGGUAAUAUACAUAUCAAAGCGAUGGGAUACAUUUUGGUACAAUGAGAUAAGAACAAGCAAUGGAGAUGUGCUUCAAGGGUUCUGCCGAGUUUUGUAGGGUGCAACCUUCCUGUGCAUUGUAUGAAGCAUGCAAGUAAUCUUGUUCCUCAGGGACUUAGUUCCUUAACUCAACACUCGGGGCACAGGACACUCGGCUCCGCAUCCGCUGGGGCUGGGAACGAGAUUAGUGUAAUAGGCUUGCGCUCAUUAGAUAAAUUAUGCUUUCUUCUUUACAGCUAAAGCUCGCUAUUGAAAGAAGUAAAUUGUUACUUUUUCGAAAAAAGUAUGUGGCGACUAACUGUUUCUUUAUAUCUUCUUUCUUUGAAAUAAAGGUGGAAAACUUGUCGGGCGAUAUAGGAAACCUUA